AUGGCCUCAUUAUCCCACAUAUUUGAGACUUUGUAUCUGGAACACCCGCUUCAAGUAUCGAAGAAAGCUUCGCGAGAGGAACGUCGCGACCGCGAGUUUAUCUCCAUGAGUCUCGUGUACGGCGAGAUCGCCUUCGAGCCGUUCAAAGUCGUGCUGGACGUGCUGAAACGAUGGCACCACGUGUUGAACAAACCUGGAGGUAGUUUCCUGGAUAUUGGGUCGGGAAGUGGUAAAGCAGUCUUCGCUGCAGCUUUAUUGCACGAUUUUGACGCUUGCUACGGCAUUGAAGUGCUGGAAGGUCUUCACUGCAUUUCCCAAGAGGUUUUGCAACGCUGGGAGAAAAUUAUCAAGCCGAAUUUCGCGCUGUCUAUGCAGAAGAAGCGAACGAGAAUUUCGUUCACUCAAGGAGACGCACUCGCUGCGGACUGGCCGGCCAAUGUGGAUCUGGUUUUCCUCAACUCGACGUGCUUUGGCGAACGGUUAAUGUACGCGUUCGCGAGGAAGCUCGCACUAAGUUGCAAGCCCGGAGCGAUUGUCAUCACGGCAACACACAAAUUGCCAGAUACGCAAAACUUCUCAGUUUUGAGGCAACUGACUGUCACCCAGGAAGCUUGGGGUGACGCCACUUGGUAUUUGCAUCGGAAGAAAUGA